GUAAAUAUUAUUAUGUUUAUCAAACGUCAAGUCAAUUAAAUUAAUUCGACUUAAUUCUAUGUCAAAUGAAUGAAUGAUUAAUUAAAAUUAUUAAACUGUUUAAAUUCAAUAUGUAUUCAAAUAUCCAAGCAAAUACUGAUGUCCAGGUGAGCCCAGAAGUACAACAAUGGUUUUCAGCUGUUGACAGUGAUAGAAGUGGUAAAAUAAGUUCACUUGAACUUAAAGCUGCUCUUGCAAAUGGUCAAGGUGGAACAUUUUCUGAUACUGCUUGUAAAUUAAUGAUUGGUAUGUUUGACAAGGAAAAAACUGGCUCAAUUAAUGUUACUGAAUUUCAAGCAUUGUAUAAUUAUAUCAAUGCUUGGCUUGGAGUUUUUCGUGGUUUUGAUCAUGACAAUUCAGGAAGUAUUCAAGAGAGUGAAUUAUCAGCAGCUUUUACACAAAUGGGCUACAGAUUUUCACAAGAAUUUAUCAAGUAUUUAAUUGCUAAAAGUGAUUUUAAUCAACAUCAAAGUAUCACAGUUGAUCAAUUCAUUGUACUUUGUGUACAAAUACAAAAAUUUACAGAAGCAUUCCGAACACGUGAUAAUGAACAAACUGGUACAAUAUCAAUAUCAUUUGAAGAUUUUCUAACAGUCGCAUUAAGCUGCAGUGUUUAAGUAAUAAAAUUUUCUAUCUUUAACUUAAAAACUAUUUUUUUUCUUAUAAUACAAGCGUGAAAAUUUAUGUUAAUUAAAAAAAAAUAAAAUAUUUUACAUAACUA